CAUCUCGCCAAACGUCGAGCAUGCAUGUCUGUAACCGGUUAUUGAGGUGAUAUCUUUAAACAUUUGCAGUCAUCUACGUGCAACACUAUGGAGGCCGUCAAAUCAUUUAACAAUGAGCUGUACUCAUUGAAUGAGUACAAGCCACCCAUCUCCAAGGCCAAGAUGACACAGAUCACCAAAUCUGGAAUCAAAGCUAUAAAACAGCUCUCCCAGCUCCCCCAAAGCACUGAAAGUGAAGCAGGAGGAUGGGGUGGAGAGAGUUACAAAGAGAUAAGAGAAUCCCUAACCAGCUUAGGUAGGAGGAUGGGUUGUUUCAAAAGGAAGAUGGAAGAUUUUUAAAUCAUUAAAAAACGUAAUCUUGCUCCCACACACCCUAAAAAGCGGGGAUUUUGCUGUUGCAUAUUCUUAUAAUGCAUUGGUCAACGCUGGCUUUGCUCUUCUGAUUUUGUUGGA